CCCUAGAAAGGAGCCACCAGGAGGCCAGCAGCAGCAAGGUCCGUACUGGAAUGGUGGCAACGGGGCGGGGGGAGGAACAUCCGACAAAAUGGACAAGUAUGAGAGAAUCAGCAAAAUCGGAGAAGGAUCAUACGGCGUUGUGUUCAAAUGCCGCAACCGAGAGACUUCACAACUUGUCGCCAUUAAGAAAUUUGUGGAGUCAGAGGAAGAUCCUUUGAUCAAGAAGAUCGCCAUGAGGGAAAUCAGAAUGUUAAAGCAAUUGAAGCACCCAAAUUUAGUCAACCUGAUAGAAGUGUUCAGACGCCGGAAGCGUUUACAUCUGGUGUUUGAGUACGUAGAUCACACCGUGCUGCACGAGCUGGAUCGUUAUCCUCGAGGGGUGCCCGAGAAAAUGGUUCAAAGAAUUAUUUACCAGACGUUAUUGGCCGUCAACUUCUGUCAUCAGCACAACACAAUCCACCGCGACGUGAAGCCGGAGAACAUCUUGAUAACGCGGAAUGGUCAGGUCAAGCUCUGCGACUUUGGCUUUGCGCGGGUGCUCACGGGUCCGGGCGGGGAGUACACAGACUACGUGGCGACACGCUGGUACCGAGCCCCGGAGCUCCUGGUGGGGGACACGCAGUAUGGCCCGCCCGUGGACGUCUGGGCCAUCGGCUGUGUGUUUGCCGAACUCCUCACAGGACAGGCGGUCUGGCCGGGCCGCUCUGAUGUGGACCAGCUCUACCUCAUUCGCAAAACGCUAGGUGACCUUAUACCUCGGCACCUCGAGAUCUUCUCCAACAACGCUUUCUUCAAGGGCAUGAAGAUUCCCGAACCAGACACUCAGGAACCGUUGGAAGAGAGGUAUCCGGGGAUGGGUGUGAACGCCAUGGACUUUUUACAGCCGCAGUUGCCAAACUUGGCUAUGAAUCCAUCCCCGUCUCCCGUCCCCAACCCCAAGUACCACCAAGCCAGUAAACCCAAGCCGCGGUUCGACCACCACUUACCAAACAUCUGACUUUUCGGCCAAGGGGUUCAGCGCUACGAUGGAAACUGAAGAUCUCCUGGCAGUGGCUGCCGCAAACUUUUUUCUCUCUCUCUCUCACGGUUUUUCCUUCAUUGUUUCCCUCACCACGGCUCUUGUCUGCGCCACUGUAGCUUGACGCUACAAGCUUCAAUAAUGUAGCUUGAUGCAGCGAGUUUCACCGCGUAUUUUAAAUCAUUGCUUCACCAUUUCUAGCCUCUAAGGCUAGGCUAAGAUAUGGUUGGAGUGUUGUUGGUAAUCCUACAGUCUAGUGGAGUUUACUGAAACCAAAUCUGGGUAGAGAAAGCCUUCAUAUUUUGUAUCCCACCGGUACCAGUCUUUCCUGAAGCGAAUUCUGAUACUGAUUUUUUUUAUAACCAAAAAGUUAUGAUGAAAACUGUCAUUUGAAGUACAAUGUAAAUUUCUGGUAAAUUCCUAAUCUUGUAUGUCACCCAUGCUAUCUACGAGAGUCAUUACUCGUGGUACCUGUGUGGUGUGUUACUUGUGCAGGAUGCUUAGUGCGUUACUGGUGAGUCAGUUACUUCUGACCUGUCAAACAGACUUGCACGUCAGUAUUUUAGAACUGAGGCCAUUGUGAGACUCACUUCUUCAACAGUAAGCCCUACAUUUUGGGGGCAUCUAGACUGUAGGAUUACCUGGUAGUGCGACACUAAAUGAUUGUGCACCUCAAUGUUCAGACAUGAUGGUGACUUCAACAGUUUGGUGUUGAUGGUGGACGUAGAAAGGAAUAGAUCAGAUAGCCUACUGGUUGUACAUCCACUGAUGCUUUGCUAGUUUAUUUGACUGUACACAACAAAUUGAUGUUCUGAUGUCGACUUAUUUUGUAUGUGAAGUUUGAUGGCUUUGCGUGUAAAGAGCUUUUUUUUUUCUUCUAGUUAGCAUCAGUGCCGAGGCAUGCGUGUCUCACCACACGCGCGUUGUGAGGGAAAGGUUGAUGGACCGACGGGCGGUGGGAAGGAAGGUGCCACGGCCUCUGUGUCAGUUAUCACAGUUUUAAUUUGUCUCAACUCAGCAGGAACCCUGGAGGCCAUUUUUCCCCCUUACAUGUGUCCGGUUUAUUUUUUAUUUUUAAAUUUUUUUUCUUUCGUCUUCUGUCGGAAAACUACAACACUCGGGGUGAGCAGUCCUCGAUUUUCAUCACAUUUCAAAUGUUACCAUCAACCUCACUUGUUAUUACCAUCAUCAUUAUUCUCAUCAUCCUCGUUAUUCUCAUCAUGGUCAUCAUUUGCAGUCCCAGCUCAAUUAUCAUGACUUUGUCUCUUCUGCCCUCAUACUUCUUUCUAUCACAUUUACUACAGACUGACAGACUGUUGAUUCCUGUCUCUAUGUUGGUGACUUACCUUCUCCUCCUCCUCUUCCUCUUCCUCUUUUCCUUCUACUCCUCCUCACACGCUGUACUCAUGCUCCAAGCCACCAUCUUACCUCAGUCGACCCUCUAUCUUCUCUCUGGAAUAGAAGUGUUCCAACUUUUAACUCUUUCACCCUCUGCUUGUUCUAUAUUGCCCCUGGUACAUACAUGAUUGUACCCCCCCCUCCACCCACCCAAUCUCUCUCCUCCAGUUCUGUACAUCAUUGAUCAUACUCAUAUUGUCAUCAUUAUUAUCAUCAGCAACACUUGCAACAACACGUUUGCUGUGUGCCAAUCCCACCCUCACUGUGUGCUGCACAGCCUGUGUUCAUGCAGUGUGGUUGUACUUUCUUCUUUUGUACAUUUCUUUUUCAUUUAUUGUUGGUUUUUGGGGGGGGUUUUACAUGAUAUGAACAAGAAGUUGGGAAAAAAAUGAACAAAUGAUGAUCAAAAUGAAAUUUGUGUCUCUGUAAGACCAUACCAUGUUUGGUCAACUGCAGUCUUUCUCAAAUUUUGUUGUUGUUGUUUUUUUUGUGUCUUAUCUGUUUUUAAUUGAAACUAGACAGCCAGUUCUAACUCUUAAAAUGCGUCAAGUGUGAUAGUGAAGGUCUUUCGAUGGUUCUCAUGAAAUUUCGCAGUGCUACAUUAGUUUCAUUUACCAUGGACCGUGGACUUUUAAGUCUUUUGAACUGCUUUAAUGAGGUACGUAGACUCAAACGAUACUUCCAUUCAUAUUUCUGAAACAUAUUGUCAUCAUGUUACUGUUAUGAUAUAACUAGACAAAGCUUCACCAAUACAUGCUCUUCGGUCUUAAUUAAUGCUUUACUUUUGUAAACAUUUUCCAUUUAUCUACGCUGAAUUGAAUAUAAAUCUACUACAUGCAGGCA